AUGUUGUUAGAGCAAUUCAAUCCAAUAGCAAAUUUAAUCGCAGAUCAGGAACAGAAUAAAAUUAAAAAUGGAAAGGAGUCGAAGAGAGAUGAGAAAAGAGUGAGAACAUUUGCAACAGGUGCAGGUAGUGAACGCAGUACGAAGUGUUGGAUUUGUUCAGAAAAUCAUUUUGUUUUUAAGUGCAGAGAAUUCGAAUCAAAACCGGUGGCAGAUUGUAGGAAGUUUGUUUUAGAAAAGGGGCUUUGCUUCAAUUGUCUUUCACCUUCUCACAAAAUAAAAGAAUGUAAAUCUAAGAAGAGGUGUCGAGAAGAUAAAUGUGGAAAACGUCACUACACCCUGCUGCAUUUAGGACCGCCACAACAAAAUGAAAAUGAAGAUACAAAGAAUGAAUCUGAGGCAACAAUCACCCGAUCUCGUACCACAACUGACACCUAUCUUCAAGUUAUCCCGGUUACCGUAACUCAUAACAACAAAUCAGUAACAACCAACGCUAUUUUAGAUAGUGGAUCAGAUAGCACCUUAAUUUGCGAAGAAACAGCGCGGAAACUCGGAUUAGGUGGGAAGGAGCAAUCGUUGAGAGUAUCGACGAUCCUAUCGAAUUCACAGACGUUUAAAUCAAAAAUCGUAUCAUUUAAUGUUCAACCUACCAAUCUAAAAAAAGAAAUCAGAAUCGAAAAAGCAUGGGUUGUACCAGAUCUUAACACUCCUACUGAAAAAAGAAACAUCACAGAUUUAAAACAAAAAUAUGUUCAUUUAAAAGACAUCGAUAUACCAACCUUAUUAAACGUCGACAGAGUAACAGUACUUAUUGGAAUCGAUACACCAUCACUUCAUAUUCAACAGGAUUAUCGAGUUGGAAAACACAACGGACCAGUAGCUGUUAAAACGCAACUUGGUUGGAUCCUAUUUGGUGGAAAGAAUAAAAACAUAUUUACCAAUAUUAAUCGAUUAGAAACUACGGAUAAUCUCAAUAAAGCAGUAGAAAGAUUCUGGGAAAUUGAGUCAUAUGGAACAAAGCCUCCACUCUAUCCAGACCUACUAACGAAAGACGAGAAACAUGCGUUACACAUACUUAAGUCGACCACGAAAAUGAAAGACGGUCAUUUUGAAGUCAAGGAAUAUAUCGCUCUUAGACAUGCAAGAAAGCUUUCAGACUUUGAGAAGAACCAAACAUCCGAUAUCACCAACUACAUACCACAUCAUGGUGUUGUCCAUCCUAACAAGCCCGGAAAAGUUCGUGUAGUAUUUGACGCAGCUGCAAAGUACAAAGGUAUUUCAUUAAACGACAACUUGUUGCCCGGUCCAGACUUGCUGAACAACCUAGUAUAUGUAUUACUCACAUUCCGUACCAAUCGUUACGCAAUUAUGGCUGACAUUGAAAAAAUGUUUCAUCAAGUCAAAGUAUCAAGGAUAGAACAAGACGCUCUUCGUUUCGUUUGGCGAGAAAACACCAGCGACAACAUUGAUGACUUUGCCAUGCAAGUACAUUUAUUUGGUAAAGUAGACUCACCUUGUUGCGCAAAUUACGCUCUUCGACAAACUAGUAUCGAUCACGAUCGCGAAAUCGUAGACGCUAUCACGAAAAAGUUUUACAUGGAUGAUUAUCUGGACUCCAUGAAAACGGUAGACGAAGCUGUAUCGAUAGCAAAAACCGUGACAGAAGCAUUGAAAAGGUGUGGCUUUCGUUUAACAAUAUGGCUUUCAAAUUCUUGUGAAAUUCUUAAGUGUUUUCCAAAUACCGAAACCGUAAUCAACGUCAAUCUAGAUCUAAACAAAUUACCAACUGAAAGAGUACUUGGUAUGUUAUGGAAUCCGAAUACUGACUAUUUCACAUUCAAAGUUGUCAACAAGCCAUCACCUGAAACUAAAAGAGGUAUAUUAAGUUUAACAAGUUCAAUAUUUGACCCCCUUGGCAUCUUCAUUUUAGAAGGAAAACUUAUCAUCCAAUCUUUGUGGAAAUCCAAAAUAGACUGGGAUGAAGAAAUACCAACCGAAUUAAAAACAAAGUGGUUGAGCUGGAGAAGUGAACUGGAGAAACUAACAUCGAUCAGCAUUCCUCGAUGGCUCAAACUACAAUUCACUCGAUGGCUCAAACUACAAUACGAUAAUCAGUUGAUUCAACUACAUAUUUUUUCCGACGCUUCAAUCAAUGCAUAUGGUGCUUUCGCAUAUCUACGUAUUCCAGAUACGCAUUCCGUCAAUGUAACAUUCGUGAUGGGAAAAUCCAGAGUCGCCCCGUUGAAUCCGAAAUAUCUCACAAUACCAAAAUUAGAAUUACAAGCUGCUGCCCUGGCUACAAGAAUGAGAGAAUCAAUAGUGAGUAGUCUUUCCAUGGACCUCAGUACCAAAUUUUGGACAGAUUCACAAAUAGUUUAA